UUAGAUUUCUGAAGAUUGUGGUGAUCAUUUUGAAGUGCCUUUCACACUUCAAACAGCAAUAGGAUUUUACUGCGACAAAUUCCUCGAAAAAUACGGCGAUAAUACUCAAAUGUCUGAAUAUCUCGGUUUAGAAACUUCAAUGCAAAGUGAAUCAGAUUUACAGAAUGUAGAGCUAGAUGAGUCUGUACCUAUCAAACAUGCUGCAGAACCUACAUUGGGGGUGGUUAGGAAUGUUAUAAAUGAGGAUACACAGCAGGAUAGUAAUGUAGGCAGGGUGGAGAUUGUGGAGGUUCCUGCGGGGCAGUCGGUGAAUGUAGAUCAUUCUGCGAAAACAGAGGUUGUAGUUAAGGAUGAGCAUGUAAUUGGUGGAGAUGGUGGUGUUAGGAAUGCUAAUGUAUUUGUGUGCCCUUCAUUGAUGUCAAGGAUGUCUCCUGCUGCCAUAACACGUUUGAUGAAGAAGUGUUUUAGCAAACAACAGAAAAAGGAAAUCAGUUCAAUUGGGUUUGGUUCUUUGGAAUUUUUAGAUGUGCAAAAAAUGCCACUUCAUUUGGCUUAUUGGCUAGUUUAUCAUUUUGAUGCAAAUACUUGUUCAUUGAAUAUUCCUGGUGAGAAGUCUUUGGUUAUAACUGAACAGGAUGUUCAUGAUGUUUUGGGGCUGCCUAUAGGAGAAGAAGAGAUUGAUCUUUCUUUUGAAGAUAAAGAUGUAGAUUUGUUGGAUUCUUGGAAGAAGCAGUUUCCAUUAAAUACUUUGUGUGUGUCAGUUGGAGAUUUAGCUACAUUCUUGAAGAAUACAAAAGGUGCAAGUGCUAUGUUUAAAAGGAACUUUGUUGUACUGUGUUGUACUGUUUUGAUGUCUGGGACCCAGAACAAGAAUGUAAAUCAUUGGAUUUUGAGAUAUCUGAGGAAUGUAGACCAUAUUAAGAAGCUUAAUUGGUGCAACUAUAUUUUGAAGAGUUUAGUUGAAGCUAAGAAGUAUUGGCAAGCGAAGCCGAAUAGAUUUUUUCCUGGAUCAAUUUUCUUUCUCAUGAUUUUUUAUGUUGAUAAAGUUGCUAUUGAAGAUGUUCGUGUGGUACAUGAGUGUCCUGUAUUGAAAUCAUGGACUUCUAGCAUGCUUGUUUCAAGAGAGAAGUUAGAGAUUUCUAAAGGCAGACUUGUAUUGGGUAGGGCUGUGACUAAUCCUAAGAAAGAGUCAGCAGGAAAUGAACAACCAGUUAAUGUGAAUGAGCAAGGCGAGUGUUCGAAGGCUAAUGUUGAAACAUCUACUAAGGUGAAUGCUGAGAAGCCACCUUCAACAGUUGUGGAUGGACUGUCAAAGAAUGAACAAGCGCAUUCAAGAGAGAAGGUUCAUGGUCCACAAACUAAAUAUGAUUUCAGAAAGGAUUGCAUUAUGGAGUUAGCUAGUGCUGCCAAAGAACUUGCUCAUGCUAUGGUGAAUUUUCAAGAGAAAUCCAAGAUUGUGAUGUUGAAGUUUCCGAACAAUGAUUCGAUCCGAAAUUUGCAACAAGCAGCCUCUGUACUAUGUACUAGCUACAGUGAGCCAAUAAUUGAGAACCAGGAUGUUGGAGGUCACUCAUUUAGUCAAGAUGAAGAUUAUUGGAAGGAUCCAGUAGUUUUGCAAGCCAUUGAUGAAGCAAUUGAGCAAGUUAUUGCUGCCCAAUUACCGAAAGUUGUUCCUCCUAAGUGCAUUAGUGCUGAUGGUCCUUCAUUCAAUUUAUUUGAAUCACCACUUUCGCAGAUUAAUGCAAUAGCAAAGGAAAGUGUUUUUGCUGCUCAACAAAUUCCGGAUACAACCCCAACAGCCACUAAAACUGAGGAAGUAGUUAACAAUGUUGUUGCGGAUGAGGGGAGGAAGAAUGUAUCUAAAGUUAGAAUUAGGAUUAAAUCAACGACAAGGAGUUCAGGAGGUAAUAAGGUUGUGCAAGGAAAAGAAGUUUUAAGAAGGAGUUCUGCAAGGAAGGUUGGAGUGCAAGCUGAGGAUUUUAACAAAGACAUUACAACAGGGAAGCGUAAAACAUCGACCAUAGCAAAGAAUAGUGCUCAAAAACUGUCAAAGAUUGUUCAAACUGUGCUGAAAAGGAAAGGUGGAGCUUCUAGUUCAAAGUCAGUGCCUUCAAAGAAGCGCAAGGUGGAGAGACGGGAUGUGAAAGCUUCGAAAAGCUUGAUUGCUCUCCAUAUAAAAAUCGAGUUGUUGAUAUAACUACUCCAUUGACAGCAAAACAGAAAACCAUUUUGGAGUGGGUUUUCAACUCAACUGAUAUGAGAUUUGACAAAUGUUUUAUAUGCAAACAUGGUGGCGAUAAUGCUCCAACUGUUGUUAUGAAGUUACAACUCCAAACACUUCAAGUUGGUAACCCUGUUUCUAGUUCUGUGAUUGAUGCAUGGUGUGUCAUUUUGAACCAUAAAGAGAAGUUUAAAUCAGAAAACUCUCCAGCACGGUUCUUCUUCAAACUUCAGUGUUGUGUAAGUGUUUAUACUAGCUUAUGUAAUUUGUUUUUGAUCUUAUUUAUUUUCAUCUAAAUCGUUUUGAUAUACAAUGCAGGAGAUUAUUCAAAAGUACAAAAAAGAGGAUGUCAAGUCCAAGAAUCAGAUGUUUGUUGAAGUUGCAAGGAAAGAGUUCGAUGCAAGUAUCUUUAAGCUACAAGAUAUUCAACUAUUUUUCUUUCCAAUUUUCCAAAAUGGCCACUACUAUCUGAUUUGUUUUAAUUUUGGAAAUGAUGCAAUGCAAGUUCUGGACUAUAAUUCUGAUUCAACAUAUUACAAGAAGAUUCCAGCCCAGCUUAAAUCUGCAUUUUCAUCCUUGCUAAAACAGUACAAAAGUGUUCAAAGUCUAACCAUGGCCAAGGAUGUAAGUGAUAUGAAAGUGUCUUUUGUAAAUCUCGAUUGGAGCACAAGUGAUGACCAUAUUAACUGUGGUAUAUGUGUCAUGAGGCAUAUGGAAUGCUAUAAGGGGAUUAAGUUUGAUUGUGGAUUAAAAAAACAUGAUGUGAAAGUGUUCAACAAGCUCCGUAAAAAAUAUUGUGUUGAGAUUGUUGUAAACGAUGCAAAUGAACUUCAAGAAGUGUUUGAGAAGAUGAAGUUUAGAGAAGUUUAAGUAGCUCAAUAGUUUUUUGGCUUUUAUUGCUUAUUAUGGAUGAAUGAAUAUAGUUGGUUUUUGUAGUUACUUAGUACUAAUGUUUUGAAUACAUUUUAUGUGUGUGUUGUAAGAAAAUAUUUGCUUGAGCAUAUAUUUUUGAACUUAUACAAUAUACUAUUUUGCUCAUUUUAGUAUAAUGUUGUUAGUUUUCUUA